CUUGCCAAAAACCAAACAGAACAAGGACCAAAGCAAAAGGCCAUCACUGACUGCAAAGAGCGAAGAGGGAGAUCUCCCGAGGGCCGACGCCUCGCGAUUUCCGGCGGCAAGGUUCGAUUUUGAUCCCGCCCCUAGGUUCCCCCACCCCGAUUCGCCCCCAUCCCAGCCGCUGCUUCCGGCGGAGCACUGGAGAAAAAGAUCCCCGUUUUUUUCCUUUUCUCCAGUUGCAGUUCGUGCCGCCGCUGCCACUCCCUUGUCUCCGAUUCGGCAGUUGCUGGACUGAGGGGAGUUGGUGCUGUGGGAUUCCGGUUCGGAUCUGCGGAGGGGGCAGGUUUCUUGCUCCAAUUCGACCAGCAAUGAGGGUCCCUGAACCGUGUUGAUGCGCGGCCCAGAUGCGGGAGGCGUACUGGGAGAAGGUUUCUUGAAAUCUUCGUCUGGGCUUCGUGGAGUGAGGUCCCUCGCCGGGAUCGCCCGGUCGUCCUAUGGGCUGUGUCAGUUCCAAGCAAUUCCACGGCGGGGACGAGCAUGGGGACGGGAAGCCGCGCCGGCGACCCUCGAGCAACUCGCUGAAGCGCCUGGUUAGUUACAGUUCCAGCAAGAGGCAUGAGGACUUGGAAGAGGAGGAUGAGGAAGGGGCAGUUGUGGCAGCCACGUCCUCGACCGCCGGCCGCCGUGCUGGGAACGAUGCCAGCACUGCGAGGCUGAUCCGGAAGCCUCCAGCACCGGUGGUUGAGGCUGUACCGGCAUUGCCAGAGGAGGCAGCCACUUUGGCGAUAGGUGUCGUUGAUGCCGAGAGGGCAGUUGCUGCUGCAGCUGGGAAUUGGAAGCGGGCUCCGGCGGAUGUACAAGUCAAUGGCGCAGCAGAGCAAGAGCCCAGGAGUGCAGGUCCUAGGACUGAGGGGGAGGCCAAACCAAGGAUCAGGGAUGUGCCCAAUGGAGUCCAGGGGGAGCAUGUGGCGGCAGGGUGGCCUAGAUGGCUCACAGAGGUGGCAGCAGAGGCGGUUCGCGGGUGGCAGCCUCGGCGGGCAGAGUCUUUUGAGAAGUUGGACAAGAUAGGACAAGGUACAUACAGCAGUGUUUACAAAGCACGUGAUCUUGAGAACGGAAAAAUUGUGGCUCUGAAGAAAGUUCGGUUUGCCAAUAUGGACCCUGAGAGUGUCCGAUUUAUGGCCAGGGAAAUUCACAUCUUAAGAAGGCUUGAUCAUCCAAACGUUGUGAAGCUUGAAGGUUUGGUGACGUCGCGCAUGUCAAGCAGCUUGUAUCUUGUAUUUGAAUACAUGGAGCAUGACCUUGCAGGACUUGCUUCUACACCUGGCUUAAAAUUCACAGAACCUCAGGUCAAGUGUUACAUGCGACAACUACUUUCUGGACUUGAACAUUGUCAUAACCGUGGUGUUUUGCACCGGGAUAUAAAGGGUGCAAAUCUCCUUAUUGACAACAAUGGCAUUCUUAAAAUAGCAGAUUUUGGUCUAGCUACAUUCUUUAAUCCCAACCAAAAGCAACAUUUGACAAGUCGUGUCGUAACAUUGUGGUACCGGCCUCCUGAGCUUUUGUUGGGUGCCACUAACUAUGGCGCUGCUGUUGAUCUAUGGAGUGCCGGUUGCAUUCUUGCUGAGUUGCUGUCAGGCAAGCCUAUCAUGCCAGGACGAACUGAGGUGGAACAGUUGCACAAGAUAUUUAAGCUUUGUGGUUCACCAUCAGAGGAGUUUUGGGCUAAUCUGAAGUUGUCCCGAGCUACCAUAUUCAAGCCUCAGCAUCCAUACCGCCGAUGUGUGAAUGAUGUAUAUAAGGACUUCCCUACUACAGCUUUAGCACUACUGGAUCGUCUACUUGCUGUAGAACCUGGUAAUAGGGGUACCGCUGCAUCUGCCCUUGACAGUGAAUUCUUCACAACAAAGCCUUAUGCCUGCGAUCCAUCAAGUCUACCCAAAUAUCCUCCAAGCAAGGAAUACGAUGCCAAGCUUCGAGAUGAAGAAGCUAGGAGGCAAAGAGCAGCUGCUAAAGGACAGGAAGCUGAAGCUGGGCGGAGGAAGCAACUUCCUGGACCUGAUGGCAACAGUGGAUUGCAGCAACGCCGAGUUCAGGUGAAUCCCAAAAGCGGCAGUUACAAGUUCACUCCAAAGGAGGAUGCUGUUUCUGGUUUUCCAAUUGAUCCACCAGCAAGGGCUGCAGACAAUGGUUACCCUCAGCGUGUUCCUUUGAUGCAUGCUGGCCGUUCGUCCUCCACUCUGGGCAGAUCAAGUGGAGUGGAUCCAAAGGCCCAAAGAUUUCACACCUCUCAAAUUGUUGGUGCUGAUAUGUCCAACCAAUCUACCGCAGCUGGGCAGCGAGGCAAUGCUCCUAAGAUGUCUAACCUUGGGGAAAGUGCCAGGAGGCAGUAUUUGAGAGAGCAUCGGUCCAGUUCAAGAUACAGUCAGCUGACUGGUGCUGACCCUUCUGACAGACCCGAAUGGACUCAUCAAUUCCAAGAAAGACCGUCAUCUUCCCAUAGGAAGGAUGAUGCGGUGGCAAAUAAAGAGCCCACAGUGGUAAAUGGCACAAAGAAGAACAGAAUCCACUAUUCUGGGCCAUUGAUGCCUCCUGGAGUGAACAUGGAUGAGAUCCUUAGAGAGCAUGAGCGACAGAUCCAACAAGCGGUGCGAAGAGCCCGUCUCGAUAAGGGAAAGGGAAAGCACAACGGUGAGAGAGACCAGUCAGAGGCACUGCUGUAUACUACCGUGAACAUCAGGGCCGAUCGCUGAAAAGUUUGGUUCAGUUCGGUCUGGACCCCGAUUUGAGCAGCAACCAUCAAAAGAAUAGAAAAUAGCGUUGGAUCCCUUUUACUUUUCCGUCCCUCAAGCGGAGAGGUUUUUGUUUUGCCAGAAACUCGACUCCCUGAUGCGGUUUGGUAUACCCAGGAGGCAGCUGCAAAAAGAAAACCUGUUCAUGUAGAGAUUUACCGCCCCGAGCUUAGCAUAGGCUGUCUGAAAUAUUUUCUGAAGAUUUGUUGGUUAUCCAUAGUCGUCAAUUGUAUAUCACAAGAGUACACUCCCUGAAAAUUGAUUCAUACACCUGUUUUUGGCAUAUGACAAGAGGAAUACAAAUCAAAUUACAGGCCAA